UUACCAGGGGUUUAAGUGAAAACGCCCCAAAUUCAAUUGGGUUUUGGGAAAUUUAAAUCCAACGGCCGCCACCGUCUCUCUUUCCCCUCUGCGUCAAAUCCCUAAAACCCACUGCUCGUUUUCCCUUAAAAACCCUAGCCCAAACCCUAAUCAUCGCCGGCGUCACCACCGCCGAGGUCUACGUCGCCAUAGACGCCGUCUCCUUCGCCGCCGGCGUCAAAUGGAAGGGCCUAAUAAUGGGAAGCAAAACCGACCCUUGUUAUUCGCGUGCUUCAUGAUGAUGAUGUCCAUGAAAGCGUUGACAGUUUUAUCCUUCAUGCCUCAUGACCCAAAGGUUCAGCUGUAUUACCAAAUUGCAGCUACUCUUAGCUUGGUGGUUACAGUUAAGAGUGUUGUGAUGAUAACCUAUUUGCUUACGAGGGGGAGCGUUGGUCAGAAGUACUCUCUUAUUCACCGUGUACUUUCUGCGGCCUUCUUUGUUAUAAUUGGAGCAAUCAUUUGCUUCGGUGUUUUUCUUCAGUAGUUCAGUGUUGUGUGUUGCUAACAAACUCAAAUGAUUAUCGUAUGCUGCUUUCCAAAUUUAGUUUGAGCUACCGUUUCAUGUAUAUAUAGUUCUUACGCUUUAUGUGGAUGUCCUCAGCUUAGCAGCUACCAUUUCAGUUUUCAUUUCUU